UCCCCCUCUCCCCCCCUUCUCUCUCCCCCUCUCUCUCUUUGUCUCACUCUAACUCGCUCUGCCAUGCCUCCACAGUGCACUACUUAAACAAAUUACACUCUAUCUCUAUCUCUGCGAGCGAGCAAGCAAGCGUGCUCUGCAGAGUCAGACGUGUCGGUGUGACUGGAAGCCUCUGGGACGUACCGCUUUGAAAAUGAGAAAGGAGAGCAGGUUACUCAAGUGGAUCUAUUGGAUCGUGGUCGUGACGGCUUUGUUCCUGCUGGGCUUCGCCAUAGGAUGGUUUGCAAAGCGCACACACCCAAACACCGAAAACAACAGCGCUUCCCGCAGGUAUCUGAGGGAGUUUCUGGAUGAAAUGCAGCCAAACAACAUCAGGGAACAUCUCAGGAAAUUUACACAACUCCCCCACCUGGCCGGUACAGAGCAGAACCUGAGAUAUGCAGAGCAGAUCAGGGACGAGUGGCUGGAGUUUGGACUGGACUCAGUGGAGAUGGUGCCCUAUGACGUCCUGCUGUCCUAUCCCAACAAGUCACAGCCAAAUUACAUUUCCAUAGUUGAUCAGCUUGGCAACGAGGUUUUUAACUCGUCCCUGGCUGAGCCAGUUCCAGAGGGUUAUGAAGAUAGUGCUAACAUUGUACCUCCAUACAGUGCCUUCUCUGCUAAAGGACAACCUGAGGGGGAUCUGGUGUACGUGAACUAUGGUCGUACAGAAGACUUUUUCCAGUUAGAGAGGGAGAUGGGCAUCAAUGUUACUGGGAAGAUUGUCAUUGUUAGAUAUGGGAAAAUAUUCAGAGGCAAUAAGGUGAAGAACGCCAUGUUAGCCGGAGCGAAGGGGAUCAUUAUGUUCUCAGACCCAGCAGAUUACUGGGCUGCUGGAGUCAAGCCCUACCCUGCUGGCUGGAACCUGCCCGGUGGAGGAGCCCAGAGAGGAAAUGUUCUCAACCUAAACGGAGCUGGAGACCCACUGACACCUGGGUAUCCCGCUAAAGACUAUACCUACAGAUUCAGCCUUGAGGAUGGGGUGGGGCUUCCUAAGAUUCCUGUGCACCCAAUUGGUUUCCAUGAUGCAAUUCACCUGCUGAAGAACAUGGGAGGACAGAUUCCACCCAACAACUGGAAAGGAGCUCUGAAUGUCUCCUACAGGAUUGGGCCAGGCUUUACAGAUGACUUCAAGAGCCAGAAGGUGCGUAUGAACAUCAACACUGACAACAAAGUUACCAGGAUCUACAACGUUAUUGGCAGGAUUAGAGGAGCUCUGGAGCCAGACAGGUACGUGAUUCUGGGAGGGCAUCGGGACGCCUGGGUGUUUGGAGGAAUUGAUCCCAUGUCUGGUGCUGCAGUGGUCCACGAAACUGUCAGGAGCGCUGGCAGGCUACUCAGUAAAGGUUGGAGGCCCAGGAGGACUAUAGUAUUUGCCAGCUGGGAUGCAGAAGAGUUUGGACUGCUGGGAUCUACUGAAUGGGCAGAGGAUAAUGCCAAGCUGCUGCAGGAGAGAGCUGUGGCCUACAUCAAUGCCGACUCUGCCAUUGAGGGCAUGUACACACUGAGGGUUGACUGCACUCCGUCUCUACACACGUUGGUGUACGACCUCACCAAGCAGAUAACCAGUCCAGAAGAAGGAGAGGAGGGAGUUUCUCUGUAUGAGAGCUGGCACAAGAGGGACAACUGGACGAAUGACCGUGAUGCACCCAGGAUCAGUAAACUGGGGUCAGGCAGUGAUUUUGAAGCCUAUUUUAUCCGUUUGGGUAUUGCUGCCGGCAGAGCGAGAUACACCAAGAACAAGAAAACAGAGCGGUACAGCAGUUAUCCAGUCUAUCACAGUGUGUAUGAAACUUUCGAGAUAGUGGAGAAGUUCUACGACCCCACCUUCAAGAGGCUUCAGGCAGUGGCCCAGGUGAGAGGUGGGCUCAUCUUCCUAUUGGCUGAUUCCCAGCUCCUCCCUCUUGACGCCGACCAAUACGCAGACUCACUCAGGAAAUAUGCACACAGCAUCACACAGCUGGCGCAGUCCCACCCAGAGGAGAUGAAGAUGUAUGAGGUGUCGUUUGAUUCUUUGUUUUCUGCUGUGGAGAACUUCACGGUAGCAGCGAGGGACUUCCAUGAGCGCCUGCAGACUCUCAACAGAGCAGAUCCUCUGCAGGUGCGUGUCAUGAACGAUCAGCUCAUGUAUCUGGAGAGAGCCUUCAUUGACCCCCUGGGUCUACCUGGCAGACCCUUCUACAGGCAUGUGAUUUUCGCGCCCAGCAGCCAUAAUAAAUACGCAGGGAUGUCUUUCCCAGGGAUCUAUGAUGCAUUGUUUGACAUCGAGAACUCAGCUAACCCGCAGAAGGCCUGGGAGGAAGUCAAGCGUCAAAUCAGCAUUGCAGCAUUCACCGUUCAUGCUGCAGCUAUGACCCUGACACCACCUGCAUGAAGCAAACAGUUUAUAUCCGUGUGAUUGAGCCAUCUAUUGACAGAUAUAACACCAGGAAGUGAAGAGAAGGGAUACGUUAUCUGCAAGAAGCACAGAAAUGGACGAGCCCUGUUUAAUGGAUCAGCCAUGGUCAGGGGAAUGUCCAGAACUCAGUGACACUGUGAAUCACAUGAACUGCCUUUUUGCUCUUCUGUGUUUUGUUAUGUUGCACCAGUAAAGAAAUAAUUUAUGCAUUUUCUUAUUUGAGCUUUUGGUCACAGGGGAGUCAAAUGAAAUGAAUCCAUCUGAGCUUUCAAGUAAUGUGACAGAUGUGGCAAUUAUUAACAUACAUGUUGAUACUUUUUAAUAAAUUACUGUCUUCAAAUUCCUUAUAAACACUUAUAAACACAUCAAAAAACAAUUUUCUCAGUUUGACCAACAGUAACAUUAACUUGACUAAGACAUGAAAAUGA